CUGAAGUCACUGAAAUAGAAUCAUGCAGAAUGAAUUUUGACCAAUUUUGACAUAGUUUCCAACGUUUUCAACAUGAGCGAAGAAGUUAAACAUUUUUCAGAUUUGAAACUGAAUUCUUGGCUCCUUACGCAAUGCGAGUCUAUGGGCUUAAAAAAGCCAACUCCCAUUCAGCAGAAUUGCAUUCCUCGAAUACUUAUGGGUGAAGAUUGCAUAGGUUGUGCCAAGACUGGUAGUGGUAAAACUUUGGCAUUUGCCCUGCCUAUUUUGCAAAAAUUAUGCGAGGAUCCAUAUGGCAUAUUUGCUCUUGUGUUAACACCAACGAGGGAACUAGCUUUUCAGAUUGCUGAUCAAUUUGCCGCAAUUGGCAAGGCUGUCAAUUUGAAAAAAUGUGUAAUUGUUGGUGGCAUGGAUAUGAUGGAACAAGGAUUAGAACUGUCAAAACGGCCACAUAUAGUUGUAGCUACACCAGGUCGAUUGGCAGAUCAUUUAGACAGCUGUGAUACAUUCUCCUUGCAAAGGAUAAAAUUUUUAGUAUUGGAUGAAGCCGAUAGAUUACUUGGUGGUCAUUUCGAUGGACAAUUGAAAACAAUAUUUGCCGCAUUGCCCAAACAGAAACAAGUAUUAUUUUUCAGUGCUACUAUGACAGAUACUCUGGAUAAAGUAAAACAAAUAGCUUCUACUGAGGUUUUUACAUGGCAAGAGGAAGAUGACUCUGGUAUCGCCACUGUGAAGGAAUUGGACCAACGUUACGUAUUAUGUCCUAAGGAUGUGCUUGAUUCAUAUCUGGUAGAAGUAAUUAGGACGUUUCGUGCCACGAACAAAGAAGGUUCUAUCAUGAUAUUUACAGACACUUGCAAACACUGUCAAUUAUUAUCCAUGACAUUGAAUGAUGUCGGAUUUACGAACGUAGCUCUUCAUGCAAUGAUAAAGCAAAAGGAACGCUUAGCAGCGCUAAAUAAGUUCAAGUCAAAUCACGUACAAAUAUUAAUUGCUACUGAUGUUGCGGCGAGAGGUUUGGAUAUCCCCACAGUACAAUUAGUCAUUAAUCAUGUAAUACCGAAUGUACCAAAAGAAUACAUUCAUAGAGUUGGUAGAACAGCUCGUGCAGGUAAAAAUGGUAUGGCGAUAAGCUUGAUAACUCCAAACGACAUAAAGUUAUUGCACGCGAUUGAAGAUGUCAUAGGCAUUAAGUUAACGGAGUACAAGGUAAACGACAAGGAAAUCGUUACAAUCUUGACGCAAAUAUCAGUGGCAAAACGGGAAGCAGAAAUCAAAUUGGACGAGACUGACUUUUACGAAAAGAAAAUGAUCAAUAAGCAAAAAAAGUUAAUCUUAGAAGAAUUGGAAGGAGGCCAACUGCUGGAUGAAGUAAAUAUUGCCAAAAAGGAGAGAAAAAAACGUAGGAAGAGGCAAAGAAAAUUGGAAUCUCUUAAAAAUAAAAGAGCUUGUAUAUAUAUAUAUGAUAAAAUACACCAAUGUACAACACACAAUUAA